AUGCCUGCACUGUACACCAGGGAGGAGCCGUGGCCUGAUCAUUUUGUGCAACUCGAGAGAACGUUCAAGGCUGUCAAUAUCAUCUAUUCAUUCUGUUCAGCCCGGAAGCAUAUGGUGACCUCGUUUGACGUGAUCAAGAGUGGCGUGGAAGCGCAGUUGAGGAGGCCCCUCGAGAUGGUUGACCUCGCACAAAUCAAGUCUUUAUGUCCAGACCUCAUCAACUUUGCAUAUGUCGAUUCGCAGCUUCUACAGGUGCAUUUCGAAGGGGCCAAGGCGGUCGAAGGCGGGGCCAAGCCACUCAAUGGUCUGGAAGGAGAUGGACUCACCUACCGCCAGAGAGCAGAAGCCAAGCGUAUAGCCCUCGACAGUAUUUAUUGUCAGACAGCAAAAGACAUUUCAGUAGCGCCGCUUCUUCCUGUCGACUUCGCCGGGUUCCCUGCAGCAGGCGCUGGCUGGCAAGCAGACAUCGAGCCAAGUGAAGUUGGAGGGUUCAGUGCCCCACUUGUCAGUCUUGCCGAGGUGGAAGCUCGCAAGGAGGUGGAGAGGACACGCGACAAAAUUGAUCGGGGGGAAGGCUACGUCCUACUUUUCGAGUUCAACGACGGGACCACUUCCGGUCCAAAGGCCACAAGCAGGCGUCCAUUCCGAGGACGUGGCCCGCCCUCGCGAGGUUAUAAAGAGCACAGGCUUAGACCAGCUCUCACCUUUCUUCCUAGCACGCAGUCGAUGCAGAAACUCAUCAAGAAGCGCAAUGCGAAGUUUGAGCAAGCAGUCCUGGAGCUCCUCGCCGCCUGCAAGGUCAAGGAAGAGGACCCCGUCAUGCUUUUGGUCGAAGCCGCUCUGCAUCAUGUUCCUGUCGAUCCAGAACUCGACCAAACUCAGAGACUACAACUGGAAGUUGACACGCCACAAAGGAAGCGCUUCAAAUUCCAACACCUCUUGCAAAACCCAGACGACCGAGACAGCAUCGAAGAGAUCAUUGAGCAACUCAAAGCUCGAUCCGACUACAAAGACCAGAUCGUUCCGGGCGGCCGACGUACUUUCCCACAGCGCGAGGCCAAGUUUGGCGAGCUGGACUUUGAGCUGUCGCAAGAGCUAGUGCAUGCGCUUGUGCAAACCAAUGGAAUUGAACGGUUCUACACGCACCAAGCCGAAGCUCUCAACGCGCUGGAUGCCGGAAACAGCGUCAUCGUCUCCACAAGCACUUCUUCCGGCAAGUCACUGAUCUAUCAGAUCCCAACAUUACGGGCCCUCGAGAGCAACCAGGACGCCACAGCCUUCUUCAUCUUUCCGACCAAGGCUCUCGCGCAAGAUCAGCGUCGAUCAUUACAAGAUCUACUGCACGAGUAUUCUGGUCUGGAUGAUAUUCUUGUCGCAACAUACGACGGCGACACGGACCGAGACUUGAGGAAGGACAUCCGCAACAAGGCGAGUGUCAUCUUUACCAAUCCGGAUAUGCUGCAUCAGGCCAUAUUGCCUUCUGAAGAAGUCUGGCGCCGCUUCUUGCGCAACUUGAGAGUCGUUGUGGUUGACGAGCUGCAUACUUACAACGGAGUCUUUGGCGCGCAUGUUAGUUUUAUCAUGAGGCGCCUGCGACGUAUCUGCACAGCUCUGGGGAAUCACAAAGUGCAAUUCAUCAGCUGCUCCGCCACCGUUGCCAAUCCGAAGGAGCAUAUGCAGACUCUCUUUGGUAUCGAGGAUGUCCAUGUCGUUAUUGAUGACGGCUCUCCCACCGGCAAGAAAGAGUGGGUCAUCUGGAAUCCGCCAUACAUCGAUCCAGCAGAUCCUGCUCAAGGACGCGUGGGUGCCUACUCGGAAGUGUCGCGCAUAUUUAUCCAUCUGGUGGAACGAGGCGUAAGGACCAUUGUCUUCACCAAGGUGCGACGUACAUGCGAGAUCGUGAUUCGGCAGGUGCGCAACGAUCUGCUUUUGGAGGAUCGUCAUGAUAUUGUAGACAAGGUCAUGGCAUAUCGCUCGGGGUAUUCACCGCACGACAGACGCAAGAUCGAGCAAGAUAUGUUCAAGGGCCAGCUGCUGGGGAUUGUCGCAACAUCAGCCCUUGAGCUCGGUAUCGACAUUGGCAGUCUCGAUGCUGUGAUUAUGCUCGGUUUCCCGUACUCGAUCUCUAGCCUCCGUCAGCAAGCAGGUCGAGCCGGCCGGCGGCAGAAGGAUAGUCUCAGUGUUCUGAUCGGAGAGCCAUGGCCCACGGACCAGCACUACAUGCGUAACCCGGAGAAUGUCUUUACUGAGCCCGAUGCAGCUUUGUCCGUGGAUCUGGGCAACGACUUCAUUAUGGAGUCACACCUGCAAUGUGCAGCUUCGGAGAUGCCUAUCGACCCUGUGCAGGACGAGCAAUACUUUGGUCCAUCACUCCAAACACUCUGCUCAACACGCUUAGAAUAUGACGGCCAAGGCUUCUACCAUUCUCGGGAGGACGUUGGGACGAAUCCGAGCAAGGAUGUGGCCAUCCGCGGGGCUCGGCAGGUCACCUAUACUUAUAUCGACGAUACGCCGGGGAGAGCGGGCGGCCCAAGGGUUAUGGAAGAGGUCGAGAUUGAUCGAGCCAUCUUUGAAGCUUUCGAGGGGGCAGUCUUCAUGCAUCAGGGUCUCUCCUUCAUCUGCCGCGAAGUGUCGCACGAGAAAUUCAUUGCGCGCAUGUACCAGGCCGACGUCAAUUACCACACACGAGUACGAGAUCACACCGACAUUGACGCUGUGGAAACACACCGCAUCAGAACACUCACCGACACCCCUGUCUUGGCGUACUUUGGCAAGGUCACCAUCUCGAGUCGCAUCUGGGGCUACUUCAAAGUUGAUCGCAGGGCGAACAUUCUCGACUCGGUCGAUGUUGAUUGUCCGCCAUACAUCCGACACACGAAAGGUAUGUGGAUUGACGUACCUGCGUGGCUGGUGAACGCCCUUUCCGAGAAGACCAUCAAUGCAGCCGCUGCCAUCCAUGCCGCCGAGCAUGCUCUGCUCAGCCUGACUCCGAUGUUCGUCAUCACUGCAGCAGGCGAUGUGCAGACCGAGUGCAAGAUCGCUGAGCGAGAGUACGGCAAGAAACCCACAGCACGCCGGAGACCGGCACGUUUGAUUUUCUACGAUAUGCCUGGGCAAAAUGGGGGCGUCUGCAGCAAGGCUUUUGCCCACCUCGACGGCCUUUUACGCAUCGCCACCGCUGUCAUUGAGGCGUGUUCCUGUCUUGACGGCUGCCUCAGUUGCGUGAUCAGUCCUGUCUGCGAGCAUGCCAACACGGUCACCAGCAAGGUCGGCGCUUUGGCUGUUCUGCGUGGUCUUGCAGGCAGGGAGCCCUUCGACCCUGACCUGCCUCAGCAGAAUGAGCCAGGUCACGCGUCUGGUUCACUUGGACCAUCCGCAAGCCUGCAGCACACUGUCAGGGAAGCGUCGCCGGUAAGAGCCGCGCGUGACACGGGCGAAGUGCCAAUCGAAACACUCGACGAGGUUCUGCCUCCUAGCUUGCAAGCUUCGCAGCAGGCCACAGCGAACCGCGCCCCGCCAGGCACAGCUCGUGCGCCACCCGGCGUGUCUCGAACCUUCGAGGAGGGGGAAGACGCGAGGACCCCAGGGCCCGAGGAAAAGACUCAUAAUGCUUAUGCAGUGCAAUUCAAUGUGUAA